AUGGCGGAGCUGCCCCCCAACAAGCGGGAGAAGCGCUCCGGAAAUAGCCAAUGGCGAGCCACCCCGGCGCGGAAGGUAGCCAAUAGGAAACGCCGGGGGCGGGGCUUCGGGAAUAAAAAAUUACAAAGGUGGGCGGGGCCUGCCUUGCAGCGGGAGUCCCCGCCCCUUAGCCGUGACGUCGAGAGAUGUGAUUGGACGCAGGGAGUGGCAAUCCUCCAUCGCCUGGGCGACAGUGGCAGGGAAGAGCCAGGCUGUAAACACGAGUCGUGUAGAGAGAGUGAGGCAGCUCUGCUUGAGACAAGCUCGCUGCCCUGCUUCCCGCUGGAGAGCGGCGGGUCGCGGGACGGGGGCCAUGAGAGCCCCCUGACCAUGUUCCAGAUUGCGGAGUACCAUGACGACGACGCUUUCCCGACUGCCGAGAAGGAGCCGCGGGAUCCUAAGCUGACCUGGCGGGGAUCCUCGGGAGAGGCCAAAGGCCCAGGCAGCCCAAACAGCGCUGAGAAUCCAGAGCUGCGGCGCCGUAUAGGGUCGGAUCCCCCUUUGCCCGACCCAGAGAUCCCAGAUGAGGUGGGCACUUUCCGGGCGCGCUCUCGCUCCGCCCCUCCCAUCCUAUGGGCCGCUCAGCGCUACGGGCGGGAGCUGCGCCGGAUGAGCGACGAAUUCCAUGGCGCGCUGCAGAAGCUGCCGCGUCCCAAGAGCGCAGGGACCACUUCCCAAAUGCACCAAACAUCCGGCUGGAAGGCGACGCUGCAGUCCUGGUGGCAACGGAGCUCCUUGGGGAACACUCCCCCGAGAAGUCCUUCAUGACAGCAGGGCUUCCGGCCUGCUUCCCCGUUACCUCUGGGCCCAAAGAGGAGCGCCUCUCUACGGUCCCAAUGGCACCAGUUCCUCUCCUGAGCGAUCCCCACGCAUCCGGGACAGAGUCCAUUCCAUUCCUGGGACGCGGUUCGGCCCCGACAUUCCCGGAAGGUCCACUAUAAUGUGACGAAGGCUGCCUCACAUGAUAGUGGAUGAUCCGACAUCAUUUUGUACAUUUCCACGGGAACAUACAUGCCUUUCUACCUUGGUUCUCCACACUUUAGUGCCCAGUCCCUCCCGAGAACGCUGCCCUUCCUUUUCUCUCUAGAGCAUCUUUCCCAAAGGAAAAACAAAAGGGAAGACAGAAACCAUGCUGUAUUAAGUUCGGAUGUAAAAGUCCUUUAUUAUUUUGUGUUUUUUUUUCCUCUAUGGAGAAUUAAAAUGAAAUGUUGCUA